AUGCAGGCGAGUCCGCAGCGUAGCCCAGUAGCUGCGGCUGCAAGGAAUCGUCGAGCGGCUGCAGCUGUGGUGGCAGCUACGCUGGCAGCCUCUCCAGUGCGCCAAGCAACAGCAGCAGCAGCAGCAGCAGCAGCAGCAGCAGCAGCGCCACGGGCUACUGCUGCGGCUUUCCCUUGUUUUGACUUCGCCAAAAAUGUGGGCCAGAGAGGUGACAGAGAAGGCUUUGGCUCAGCUGCUGCUUCUCCGCUGAGUGCUUUGCGGGCAGAGGGGCGGGCGCCUGCAACACCGCCGACAGCAGCAGCAGCAGCAGCAGGCGCAGCAGCAGCAGCAGCAGACGCGCAGCAAUGGAGCCGCUGCAUUGAGGCAGCAACGAGUGUUUCUAAGGCCUGGAAUGCCUUGAAGCUGCACACAAGCAGCAGCAGCAGCAGCGGCAGCAGCGACAGCGGUAGUUGCUGCUGCUGCUGCAGCAUUCGACUUUACGGCGAUGUCGCUCGGCUGUCUUGGCAGCUGCAGCACGACAUCAAUGCUUUGCUGCUGCUUCUUCCCGCAGAGCGCGUCCAGGAGGACGCAGAAACAGCAGCAGCUUUAUCUGCAGCAGCAACUGCAGCAGCAGCAACUGCAGCAGCAGCAACUGCUGCUACAGAUGCGGGAGCUGCCAGCACAUCGAAGCUUUGGGGCGAUGCAGCCAGUUGGAGUGUCGCGCUGCAGCCCCGGCCGCCAGCAGCAGCUGCUGCAGCAUUGUCUGCAGCAGCAGCAGCAGCAGCAGCACACUCAGCUGCAACAGCAGCAGCAGCAAACCAAACACCUCAUCAGCUGAAUUGCUGCUGCCUUCCUUCGGUUUCCACAGCCCUUCGGCUGGUUCGAGCUCUGGGUCUUUGUUCUUGUGAAGCAGCAGAAGGCAGCAGCGCAUUGCUGCUGCUGCACAAGGCUGCAGAAGCAGCGGCAGGUGCCGCUGCUGCAACAGCUGCUGCAGCGGCACCUGCUGCUGCUACAGCACCUGCUGCUGCAGCAGCACCUGCUGCAGCGCAGCCACCGGCUUCCUGCACCUGCGAAGCUACUCAGAGCAGCAAGCCUUCGCAGCAUCCGGGCGGCCCGCUACACAAGCUGCUGCAGGCAGCAGCAGAAGCAGCAGCACAGACUUAUGGGUCACUGCUGUCAAUAGAAUCGCUGCUGCGGGCGCUGGCUGCUGCAUUAAGGCAAGAGCAGCAGCAGCAGGACCUUCAUUUGCUGCUGCGAGGCGCGGGGAGUGAGCCCUUUGCUGCCUGGGAGCAGCAGCUGCAGCAGCAGCAACAGCAACCACAGCAGCAGCGGCAGCUGCAGCAGGCAAUGCAGACACUGGAGCAUUUCCUGACGAAGGACUUCGAGGGCCUGGCCAGCGCCGUAGUCAGCCGCUGCAUGGCUGGCUUAGCUGCACUGCAGCAGCACGCACUGCAGCAGCAGCAGCAGCAGCAGCAGCAGCAAGGGGCCCAACAGCAGCAGCACGAAGAAGUGGUUCUCACUAUUGGAGCCGUAAGCCAGUUUCAGCUGCAUGGAUGCAAGUGGCAUCACUGUGGGGUUAUUUGCUGA